AUGCAUCCAAACCUGAAACCUGCGACUGAAUAUGCAUUGAGUAGAAUCCGAAGUUUAGCCAAAAUCGAUGGCCAGCGACCGAUUGACAAGGGAUUAGUUUUAGGUGAAAACUUUUACUGGUAUUACGACAACACUGGCUAUCAUUCGUGCGCCGAUGCGGUCGACCUCUGGUAUAAAGGGCGCGACCUUUACGAUUACAAUAACCCCCGCUUUCAUGAGAAAACUGGAGGUUUCAGUCAAGUGGUGUGGAGGGCGUCACAGCAUUUAGGGUGCGCUCGGGUUGAGGACGACACUCGCAAAUAUUAUGAAACAUAUAUUGUGUGCAAUUACGACCCGCCCGGCAAUGUGGACAGACAGUACCCCUUCAAUGUAUCUCCACGUCGCGACGUGAAUCGACCCGGUGUUGAGCCCGUUAUAGGAGGUGGCAGUUGGAAUGGAGGUGCUGAUAGACCUGUCAGUGUAGGACAUCGGCCAGAGAAUAGUCCUCAUAGACCUGAAGUGGACAGACCUUAUGAUAGGCCGAGUACUGUUCAAAGCGGAGUACACCGACCGGUCGAUAGACCUAUAAGUGCGAGUGGAUGGGCGUCCGACAGACCCGGUGGUAGUGGAGGGGUUUGGACCGUCGAGCGGCCCGACAGACCCUCAUCUCGACCCCCUCCACCCUCACCGCCAGGAUAUCCACUCUUUUAUGGAUAUUAUUAUUAUUAA